GAAAAGAAGAAGAAGAAACGAAAGCACAGAAGCCAGUCUAGAAGCAAUUCAUCAUCAAGUUCAUCAAGUAGAAGCAGAUCACCUUUAAGAGGUAAUCUCAACAAUUUUUGGCAAGCCAGUGUUACCAUAAUUCUUUAAACAUAUAAUGAAGAAGUAGUCAGGAAUAGUGGCAGGAUUAGUUCGGGUGGUAUAGCACUUGACUGCGGAGUGGGAGGUCAAGGGUUCAAUUUCUGGCACUGGACCAACAUUCAGGGUCUUAAAAUAACUGGGAAAUGAGGGUACUGUCUUUGUCCUGCAGACAGUUAGAUCUGCGCAUGGCUUGGAUGACUGCAUAAAAUGGCAGUCCUGUCCCAAUGAGGAGACACAAAAAUAGUGUCCUCAAUUAACACUUUUGUGUUAACUACAUUGACACUCAAAUAAGAGCUUUUUUAUAGUUCAGUACCAGUAAAUCUUGUUCAUGGCUUGUUGUGGAGCUUUAAGCAAGUUUCAAUGUUUUAUUAUGUUUUGAGCAACCUUUAAAAAUUGGUAGAAGAAAAUAUGAAACAUUAAGAAGAAGAUCAACCUGGCAAGGGAAGAAUUGUUUUCCAACUGAAAUAUUGUGCACAAAAGUAUUAUUAAAAUGUUUUGUCCUUUUUUUUCUUUGCCAUAAGAAUCACUUCACUGCUGUGUUUUUUCAAUCUUCUUUCGGAUCCAGAUCCUUUUGAGAAAUCCAGCCACUCAACCACUGGUAAUUGGUGUACAGUUAAAGUUUUGCUGUUCAGUGUUGAAACUUGAAAAGGCAGUCUUUCUAAAGUGAUGAUCAAUAUACACAUGUAGCUUUUGGAAGUAUUUUGUUUCAUUAUUGUUAUUAUUUUUUGAACCAUUUUACAGUGAAGCGCAAAAAAAGAAGAAGGCAUUCAAGUAGUAACUCAUCCAGUGAAGCUUAUGAGUCACCAAGCUCAUCAGGCUCAAACUCCUCAGGUAAAUAGCUUGUAAGUUUUUUUUCAUGCAAUGAAAAACUCAAGUUGGGAAUAAGUAACAAAUUAGUGAAGUUUGUAAUGAUCUGUGACUAAGCCGAUGCUCCAGGGGGUACUCAAAAAUAUUUAUAUAGCCCCCACCUUGAGGUCCAACCCCUUACCCUUGUAAUAUACCAGUAUACCAUUUUUAACAGAAAAGGUACUCCUUUUGUAUAUCUUCUACUAACAAAUCAUAACUAACAUACCUAGUUUAGAACUUCACAUCUCUUUUAACUGCUGUGAAUGAACUGUCUUUAUAUAUGAAUAAAUCAGAAAACCAUGACAAUUUCUUGACUUUUUCACAGCCACAAAAUGGGCCCGUUAGCCCUUCUGGGACUUUAACAAAUGGAAAUGACAGAUUUCCCUGACCCUUUCAUAAUACUUCAAAUAUUGAAUUUCCUACCUUUUCAUGUACCUGAAAAAGACACCCCUUUCCUGUGGAGCCUCCCCAUAUAGGUCAUCUCCCCGUAUAGGUCAUUACAGGAAGUACCCCCCCCCUCCCACCCUGGGGUCUAUAGGUACUGGAUAAACUUGGAAGGAAACCUGACAGUGGACAGGUUUGCCAUUUAGGUUUAGUAUGGAGACAGACCGAAAAAUGGAAAGCAUUUUUAAGGCUGGUUUUCACUAGCGAUAGAGUCAGAGUGGGAGUCAUAAUGAGACGCAUAAGACUUGGAGAUCUAGUCAAAACAGCAUUCUGAUUCCAAUAUUUUCUCUUCCACUCUUUUUGUAAUCUGCAAUUGUCUCACAGCACUUCACGAUUGACCAUUUUUCUUUCUUUGUGCUCAGCUAAAUAAUACCUCAUUGUCAUGCAUGCUAUUAAAAUGACUGUCUGAAUAUAAAAUGAAUAGAGGAACAAGUAAGAGAGUGAAUGAAUGAAUGAAUGAAUGAAUGAAUGAAUGAAUGAAUGAAUCAGUUUUGUUUAAAAACAGUUGUUUGCCACUUCUUUACUUAAAAUAUGAGCACUGCAAACGCAUUAAAACAGAGUAAAGCAAAUUCAUGUUCACAAAUCUCUUAAAGAAACAAAGAAAUUGUUAAAAGAUUUAAAUGAUUGAGUUGAUCAUAAAAUUAUUUAACUUGCCAUCACUUUGCGUUACUGAAAUAAAGUCACUCUCUGUUCAUUGUUUUUUUCUUGCAUUACAGUGAAAGGAAAGAAAAGGAAAAAGAGAAAGGUAUGGUGAAUUGUCAGAGUAUUACUGGUAUUUAUUUGAAAACGCAAUUUCUUGACUUUUAAAGGUUAUCCUGAUACGAUAUCAGUAGUUUGAAAGUUAUAGGUUUGUUUAUAGUGGACAGUCCACUUAGCUUAUCCAGCUAGCUUACUGGCAUUCUCUCGAAUACUUAAGGCUGGUUUUCACUAGCGACAGAGUCAGAGUCGUAGGAGCGCUUAUGACCUAGUGAAAAUCAAAAAUCGGAGUCGUAAGCUCUACGGAAUCGUAGUCAGAAGAAUGAGGAUGUUUCCAUUUUCUUCUGACUCCACUUAUGACUCCUUCGCUUACGGUCUAGUGAAAACCAGAUUGUUGGAGUCGGAAGCAGAAGCGGAAGGAUAAACCAACCACAAUCCAUGUUCCCGCACUUUGUGGUUGUUUUAAUUCUUCCACAUUUGCUUGCAACUCCAACAACCCGGUUUUCACUUGAUCAUAAACGACAGAGUUCUACCCUUAUGAUUACGACUCUGACUCAGUUGCUAGUGAAAACCAACCUUUAGAAACAAAUAAUUCAAAUUUAACAUAACAGGACUUAAAAAACCCCAACUGGCAGGAGGCAGCUGGUUGGCUACUUACAAGGUUGACUGAGGCCAAACAAGAAGUAAUCCAGCAAGGACCCACAGCAGGACUCGACCCGGAACUGCCUGACUGCAAGUCCAACACGCUGAAAAUUUUACAUUUUCUACCUCUCUCCGCUGCUAUUUCCAAAGGCGAAAAUUUUAGGAAUCCUCUUUUUUUCUGAAUGAUGACCAAAUUUGGGAAGUGAAAGGUGAAAACCCCAACUUCAGAAAAUCAUAGAGGUUUUAGAGUUUUAAGUACUGGGAGGUGGUGUCAUGCAAAGCCGUUCAUUCCUAAAUCGGUCCUUUGUUAUUUUUACCUCUUUCUCUUUUGUGUUACACCUUUCAUUAAAACAGUUUAUCAACAGUUUUAUUUCUUUUCCUUCUUUUCAUGAAAAAAGAAAAGUAAAAAGAGGAAAAAGAAAAAAUCCGUGGAGGAAUCAUCAGGCCCUGUUCAGCUGUCAAAGGUAUGUUGUUCCAGCCUCGAUCAAGUCAAACAGCAUACCACCUCAACAAUAUGGUCACACUAACGUCCAAACAGUCUCCCCUACACCCCCAAGGCCGAACAAUAAAUUUAGGGUUUUGUUUGAUAUAGUGUCUUUUAGGCCCAGGCCAAACGUUGAACUUUUCAUGAGACGAACUAAACUCUAAUUUGGGUCGACCUAAAUUAAGUUAAGAUCGUCUGUUGUGUCGGAUGUCGAAGUUAGGACGCGUCGAACCAAUCAACUGAAUCAGACCAAGAAGCAGUUUUAUGAUCAGUAAUAAAUCUUCUCACGAACGAGGCUAAAUAUACAUUAUCAUACAAAUUUUUGAUUUAUUAUUUUAGUUCGUCGCAUGUGAAGAUCGACGUUUGUCCCAGAGACGAUCUUCCGUCUGAAGCAGACGGAUAGAACUUGUUGAACGAUCCAAACUCAUUCAGACGAACUUAACUCACUAAGUUUGGUUUGUCUCAUAAAAAAGUUCGACCUAUGGUAUUAUACGUUUCUGGGAAACUGCCCACCUACCCCUCCCCUAAGCCAACAUUAACACUUACUUCUCAUUUAGGGCAAAAUGUUGGCUUAGGGGAGGGGUAGGUAGGUAACGGUUUUAUAGGGAAACUAAAAAAUCGUGUCAUAGCUCCUUUAAGACUGUGUUGAUUGUCAACCCACCCACCCUGGCUUAACGUACACCUCCCUAAACAACAGGGUCAGUAAAGAGAGUUGUCCUGUUUUUUAGUUUAUGAAAGAACAAAAAGAGAAAGAAGCCGCCCGGAGAAGUGCUGUGUCUGGAAAGAAAAUAAAACUCAAAGUGAAAAAGUCCAGCAAAGACAAAGAGGUAAAUAAAUUGGUUUUCUUUUAGUGCAAGCACUUAGCUUCUGUUCUGCACUUCACUUCUGUUCUGUGACAUUUACCCCUUAACCAUACCUCAUUAAUGUCGACGAGUCGAGCGUUUGGUUGGCGCCAAUGAGUGGAUGAUUUGUGUCUUUUUGAAAGUAACCAUUAAAAGUCAGUCGAUUGAAAAAGUCCAACGCAAACCAUCAUUAAAGAAUUUAGAGUCACCCUUACGGUAAACUGCAAACCUCAGAUUCAAGUUGAAAAUUCCAGAAAAUAGAGAAUGAGCAGAUAAAAAUAGUCCGAGAAAAAUUUUAUAGAUAAAACUAACGUGAAAGUCCUACUUUGUUUUGUAGAAGUACUGAACCCUAGUCACGUGUUACAAACACGUUUGUCAUAAAACGCAACCCUCUCUUUGUUAUCACACCGGCCAGCAACUCAGUCAGGCCAUGUUCACACAGCAACGGUCAGCGAGUGGAGCAAGUUGUUCACACGCAUCGAACAUCCACCGAACAUCGUGCUGGAGCGGUUUGCCAAGAGGGUUUGGUUCUCUAAAUAUUCAUCCUAGCUCACACCUGAAUAUUUUAUUCCGUCUGAAUACUUUUUUACACUACACCAAAGUGUGGAACAGAACCUGGCCAAUAAGUGACGCUCCUCUUUCGAGAUCUGUGAACAUAGCCCCGUGCUAAUUUAACACUGGAACUAUUUGGAAAAAUUUUUCUUAUAACUUACUCAGUGUUCUCCUGUUUCAGCGUGACAAAAACCGCAAGGAACUGCUUAACUUCUUGAAUCAAACUUUAUAAAGCCUUCCAUGAAGAGUUUGACUGACAGGUGAGCUUUGCGGACGAUGAAAACUCAGUUAAAACUGCCAUUAUUGCGUGGCCAACAAGUACGUAAACAUGUACAAAAUCACUGGCUUCUUGAAGACAAGUCAAAUGAGAUAUAGCACGGAUUGUCGACUGCUUUUGGACUGUUGAAAUAUGGAGGCCCUAGCACGAAGCCAUCGAGAGGAACAUUUAAGUUUUCCGUGCUUUUGCGCAGUGGUGGCAGUUUAUU